AUGGCCGCCAGCAACAACACGAUGCCCUCCAGCCUUGCCAGCAAAGUCGAGCGACGGACUCCUCCUCCGCCGGCCGCACAAUCGAAGCGGGAUCGGAAGCGCCAGGCCCUUAUGGACCGCCUGUCUAGCAUGACGGACAAGUUUCAGCGCGAGCAGGAUUUGACCUACCGCGAUCAGCUGCAGAAGAUCCAGUACGAGAUCGGGCUCGUCCAGCGAUUCGAUCCCUACCACCCGAAUGCCCUCGAGGUUGCGGCCGAGCUCCAAAAGGAACAUAGGCAGACACAGGAGCCCGCGGUGCAUGCGGAGAAUGCCCGCAGCCUCAUGGACAUGGCGGGCAUCAAGUUCCCCAACUUCAUUGACGAGAUUGAGGAUCUCAUUGAGAUACGCGACUUCCAACUGACGCAGUCCAAGAACGAAUACGAUCGAAAGGUGCAAGAGUACAAGAAUACGCACGCGUACAAGGUCGAGACGGCAAAGCGGGAGCACGCCGCGCUGACGGGCACCUUGCGCGACCGCCUCAUAAACACCCUCACGCAGAAGAAGAACCGGCUGAACCGGGAAAAGGAAGUGCUGGAGAUUAACGACUCCAAUGCUCUGCUUCUGAACCCCAACCACUUCAGCCUGACCAACCCCGGCAGCCCUGGCGGAACCCACGCGAAGCGAGCCACGCGGCUUCGCAAAGACGCCGAAGAUCUGCAAAUGUUUUCGGACAAGAAGCGCAAGCGCAACCCCGGGGAGGAGGACGGAUCGCCGGUGCCGAUGCGCCGAGCCUUGGAUCCCAACAACACCACGGCCCUGUGGCAGUCGGAAAAGGCUCGUGCCGCCGCCAAGCAAAACGGGCCCAUCUACAGCCUGGACAAGCUCUUUACGGACAAGGAGCUGUCUCUGCACUACAACUCGGCCGCGCUGGCCGCGCACCAGUACAUCCUGCGCAACCGAGUCAACGGGAACGCGUCGUCGUCCCCCGACGACAGCGACUCCCCCAACGGGGACGACAACGACGCCGACUCCGUCCCCUGCGCGCCCAUGAUGGAGCGCAACGUGUCGCACGCGACCAGAAGCACCCGCGGAGGGGCCAGCGCCGCCAACUUCCUCGACGACAAGAUCCUCGGCGUCGAGGGCAUCGCCAGCUUCGAGGUGCCGGCCAACCUGGAUCUGAUGCACGCCCAGGAGCCUCCCAAGAUGCCGCCCCACGUGCCGCAGCAGUAUCUCAAGCCGUACCCGAGGACCGCGGACCAAAACUUCCCCGUGCCGUUGUCCCAGGACGACAUUUUGUCGGACAUGUCCGUCAUGGGCUUCCUCAAGCAGUAUGACCAGUCGCACAAGCCUGGCGCGCACCUCGACGCCCCCACCGGUCUGCGCAGGAUCCUCGAGGCUGUGUCCACGCCGUACCAGCAGGGUCGGUUCGUCGCCAUUACCGGCGCCGCGCGGGAGGACCCCGACAUGUUCCGCGACUCGCUCGGCCUGCCGACCAGCAGCCUGAGGGACCAGACGAGCCCCGGACACGGCGGCGGCUCCAGCCAAUCUCUGGGGGGGCAGCCCGCCCCUGCCGUCCCCAUGAGCAGGCAGAGCAGUCAAGGCGGCGUGGCCAUGUCCCGGCAAGGCACGACGGGCAGCGCACUGGCAAGAGCUCGUCGCGGAUAA